UAAUCUACCUCGUACUUUUGAGGCAGCAACACAGGCGAAAACAAUUUUUUUUGGCAAUUUAUUUAAAACAAAAUGUUAAAUUUUUUAAAACAAUCUCGAAACUUGCUGACCUGCCCUAUACAACCAAUUUGUAUUGUUAUUGGCAACGAAUCAUGCGAUUUGGAUUCUGCCGUUUCAGCAGUUUCAUUGGCUUACUUCUACCAGAAAAGUAAAGAAAAGCCAAAGACACCGCCCGAAUGUAAUUUCGUGCCCAUAUUGAAUAUAUGCCAAAGGGACUAUCCUAUCAAAACCGAGGUGAACUAUCUCUUUGGCAAAUAUGGCAUAACCGACGAGUUGUUAACAUUCAGAGACGAAGUGUCCGAUGAUUUUCUUAAAAGCUGUCGAUUUUGUCUUGUUGAUCAUCAUGUCAGUCCUUGGUCCGACAAGACAGUUGCCAUUUAUGAUCAUCGACCAUUGGAUAAAACAGCAUUGAUACCAGAAGAAUGUGACUUGCACAUGCACAUGGUCGGUUCUUGUGCUACGCUUAUAGCUGAUUUGUUUAUACAAAAUGAAGUCAUACAUGAAGAAGCUCGAAAUGUGUUAGAAAUGCUACGAGGUGCCAUAGUAUUGGACACUGUCAAUUUUUCUAAAGAAGCAGCCAGAGCUACUUCAAAAGAUAUUGAAAUAUGCUCAAAACUGGAGGAAAUAUUAGAAAUAGGAAAUGCUGUAAACAAUAGAAAGGUAUUGUUUGAUGACUUGGUUCGGGCAAGAUCCGAUGUCAGUUCCUUGACUGCAGCACAGCUUCUGCGAAAAGAUAAUAAAAUUCUAGCCUCUAACAAAGAUGGGAAUAUGAAAAUUGCCAUACCAGGAUUCCCCAUGCCAGUGAAGGAAUUUAUUACUAAAGGAAAUGCAGAGAAAGCCAUUAGAGAAUUUGCCAUGGAAAAUAAAUGUGCAGUAGUUCUACUUAUGGGAAUGUUUGUUAAUCCAGAUGAUAAUGCGGUGCAUAGAGAUAUAGGUUUAAUAAACUUUAACAAUGGCACUACAUGCGAAUUUAUAAAGCAGAAACUAGAAACAUUGACAGAGCCUAAUUUAUCCCUAGAACAGUUGAGCUGUUGUAAUUUUAUGAAUGGAUCUUUCUACAAACAGGGCAAUAUAAGAGCAACUAGGAAACAUAUUCUGCCGGUAGUAAAAAGCAUUUUGGACCAUUGACACUGGGAUAAAAUCGUCAAUUGCAUAUUAGAUGGACCGGUAUUUAUAAAAUGUUUGUAUAGGAAAUUAAGUAAUACUAGCUGGCCAAGCGGGCUUUCCUACACCCUAAAAGGAUAUUAAAAAAUAAACUGUUCUUUAAAUAUUAUGACGCCGCUGUAUCGGAGUAUCAAGAUUUUCAGGGCCAUUGCUCAUUCUGUCUAUCGUAUUUGUUAACAUGUUUUAUUGGUAUUGUAUCCAACACAAUAUUAUUAAUUUCCCUCACGUCUUUGAGCAAAGUAUAUAAUGCCGGUCGGCCUGUUUAUUUAUUCGAGGGUUUUUUUUGGAGGACAUCUUCGACACUUGUCCCCAAAUUCGGUUAUCAGGUUCGCAAAUUACUCUGAAGUUUAUUUUAGCUUCGAUUUGGGCGAAUUUUUGUACAUUAACUAUGUAAAGUGCUUUGAAAAAAUUUCCUAACUAUGGUUUAUUAUCGCAUAUUGAGUACAACUGAUAGGCUUAAGGUUUCUU